UAAAAUCUUCACUGCCCAGAGGAUUAGCGCCUGUCCCCUUUCCCUUUACACUUACCACAUAGCUCUCCAGUAUUCCGCUCUGGGUUUCGGAGGUACAGAAUCCCUUUCCCCACCAUCUUUCUUGCUUAACCGGCUCUCCCUCUCAUACUCUUCAACCGUUUUCAUUAUCUGAGGCUUUUACACCCCUCUAUAAGACCAUCGCCUAAUCCUCCAUCUCCAACGCCAACGCCAACAUGAAUCCCUUCACCUACCUCACCCUCCUCCUCGGCCUCUCCGCAACCACCGCCCUCGCCGCUCUCCGCCCCGACGCCACCCCCGAAGAGGUCGCCGCGGCCGAAGCCGAGUGCGGGUCCCUGAGCGUGAUGAGGAUCGACCCCGCCGAGCUGCCCGAGGGCGUGACGAUGGCCGACGUCCGCAUGUGCGCCGGCCAUCCCCUCGGUGGCCGAGCGAUCCCGGGUCUGGGUCCUGGGGCCUUCGCCCGAUUGCGUCGGUUCUUGCCGAGUUGGGGUUUUUGAGAGGACGGCCCUGCAGUCAGGUCUGGUAUGUCUGUGCUGUGCGGUGGGGGGGCAGCCGUUUGGGAGUGGAAUACUUGGAGAUGUGUGGGUGUCGUUUGAUGUUGAAUCUUGGAGCUUGGUUGAUUGGUAUGAUGUAGCUGGAGGAUGAUGAUCGGAUAUGACAAGCAUUGAACCGCUAAUCCAUAAGUAUGUGAGAGAGCUGAUGAUUUCAAUUUCGUGGCACGUUGCAG